CAUUUAAAACUUUAGUAAUAUUACUGUCACAACAGGCUUCCUUUAUCACUGGAGUGUGACUCUGAUGACCCCUGCCUUGCCCUCUUGUUGGGAAGCAUAAUUAUGAGUGCAGUUUUGAGUACAGAAAUCAAGCCUGAGGUAACAGGACAGUUUGAAGUAUGUCUAGGAUCCAACACAAUCAUCAACUGCAGUUUCCAGACAAGUGAAAAAACACUGAAAGUAGGCUGGUACAUCAGUCAAAAGCAAUCCUUGCCUGGCGAACGGAUCAACACCAUCUUUCCAAAUGGCACCCUAAAUAAUCAUUACCAAGAAGAGAGGGGAAGUACUUGGUCAUUCCUGACUAUUAAAAACAUUACAUCCAAUGACAGUGGAUGGUAUUACUGCAAAGUCAUCCAGGACAUUCCACUACUGAAGGAGAGUAACAGCAAUUCAUCAUAUUUAAAAAUCAAAGAGGAGGAAAAUACAACAAGUUCACCAACAAGUUGUGUGACAGAUUCUCCAGUGAUCGUGAGAACAGGGUCAGUGCUUGGUAAAUGGUGGGUGUGGCUAGCGUUGCCAUUGGGGUGUGCUGUGCUGAUAACAAAUCUGGUUGUCAUACGGCUCACCUGCUGCCGAAGACAAGAAGGCCCAGUUUAUGAAAACACGACUAAGAGACGCCUACAGAAGGAGCACUCCCCACGGCUUUCCAUGCCCAUGGACAACAGCAAAAUAUCGAAACAAAGGCACUCCAUGAAAUCACAUAGCUAUACUAGCUCAAAGAUAAACAACCAAACAACAAAAGGUAAAACAUCUAAGUGAACAGUCUUCUCUGAAGCGCCUGCCCAAAUCUGCUUCUAUCAUUGCUGUAAUUUCCGUUGCAUGUGACAUACCUCUUCUAUUAGAUCGAGGAAGGCAUACAAAGAAGCCUUAUCACUUCGUGAUAGUUUGGAGAUGUUUAUACAGUGUUUUCCUUUAAGCAUUAGAGUACAGUCUUUUUCUAAAGUAAUAACACAAUCUGGAUAUUAAUAAUCUGAUCAAAUAAUGAAUUAAAUUGAAGCAUACAUCAAUGCACAUAACGCAUUAUUAUUAUAUAAAUAAAUAUGUA